CCGCCUUUAUACAGUCCACAAUUUUUUACAACUCAUUUAGCUUUGUUGCUAGGUGGUGAAAAAAGCAAUGGGUGAUAUCAACUCAUUCCUUAUGCAUAAUUAUAUCAUAUGCUUCUUACUUAUGUUGCUUAUGAAUUGUUAUUUACUGCUUUUUCGUUGGAGAAAUGAAUACUUUGAUUUCCACACAAGCAGAUAUGAAGUAGGCUACACAGACAUCAGCCAAUUUGAAAUAACCAAAUUGAAAUACUUUGGGCCCUUUAAUUUUGGGCAAGGUACCCUCAGGCCCCCAACCAUCGAUUGUUCCACGGACAUAAGUUGCAGCUGAUGCAUGCAUCAGUCCUUUCUUUGAAGUUAAAAGUUUGGGCCUGAAUGGCUGUAGGCAAGGUGUGAUAUCUGGUCAUAUUCUCAUAAUCGAAACUCUUGACCUGACUCAAAAGAGGUCGAUCACUUCUUUAAAUAUAUAUAUAUUUUUUGUAAACUCAGAAAAAAGAACUGAUGUCUUCUUAUUUAACCAUGUUUUGUUAUAUUUAAAUGCUUUAUAAUAAUGUUCAAGGUGUACAACAUAACUGUAGAAUUAGGCCUGCAUCAUGUGUCUUCAAUUAUAGUCAUCUUUUUGACUAUGGUAUUACCCGCAUUCCCCUUGAACAUUGCUUGACACGCAUCAUUUUACUCCUCUAAAGACUUGAAUCAUUACCAUCUACUUUAAAAGGUAGAGGAGACAUCAUCUUAUCUUGGCCAUUGACUCCAUUUUAUUGGUCAUGCUGAUCUAAUUUCAAAUGUUAAGGUGAUCAAGUGCAAAUUGGGGGAAGUAAGUGGAGGUUAUCCUAAAAAUAAAUAUAUAAAAUUACUGACAAAAUAUUAGCAAGAAGCCGUAGGACUCUGUUUGAAAAGUAGAAGCAACACCUCAUCGAAAACAAGAAAUAACAACUCAUCAUUGUCUGUGAAUAUUAUAUUCUUGGUACCUCGAUCAUAUUGGCUUUUCAUUAAUGUUUUUACAUCCCUCAUAAUGAAGGUCAAGAACGACAAAACAACGGAUGGUAAAACCAGUGUCCAAAAGCCCCUAGAAUGAAAACCAGGGAUGGUUUUGUCAUAGCCUACUGAAUUUGCAUUACACUUUAUUAUAAUACCAACAAAAACAACUCUGCUUAUUCAGACUGCCCAUUAACUGAUUAAAGUAAUUGAUUCACUAAAAUUGUAAACUUUUCUCAUAUUGUUUCUUUUCCCAUUCAUAGUAUAUAUAUACCCAUCCAAUACAAUAGUCUCAUCUCAAACCACCGACUUCAGAGAUUGAAAAGCUUUAUAUAUAAUAUACUCUCAUUUAUAUCAUAUUUUCUCUGUUUUUUAUGUUUUUUGGGUUGCGAGUGAAGAAGAAAAAGAAGAAAUGUCGAAUACAGCUGGUCAAGUCAUAUGUUGCAGAGCUGCUGUGGCAUGGGAAGCAGGGAAGCCAUUAGUGAUUGAAGAAGUGGAGGUGGCUCCUCCACAGAAAAUGGAGGUCCGUCUGAAGAUCCUCUGUACCUCUCUCUGCCACACUGAUGUCUACUUCUGGGAAGCCAAGGGACAGAACUCCGUGUUUCCUCGGAUUCUCGGGCAUGAGGCAGGAGGGAUUGUGGAGAGUGUGGGAGAGGGCGUGACCGAUCUUGCACCAGGUGACCAUGUGCUUCCUGUCUUCACCAGUAAGUGCAAAGAUUGUGCUCAUUGCAAAUCAGAAGAGAGCAACAUGUGUGAUCUCCUCAGGAUUAACACCGACAGGGGAGUGAUUAUUCAUUAUGGAAAAUCGAGGUUCUCGAUCAAUGGCAAGCCUAUUUACCAUUUUGUCGGAACAUCCACCUUUAGCGAGUACACUGUGAUCCAUGUUGGUUGUGUUGCCAAGAUAAACCCCCUUGCCCCUCUCGACGAAGUUUGCAUUCUCAGCUGUGGAAUCUCCACAGGCCUUGGUGCCACUUUGAAUGUUGCCAAACCAAAAAAGGGCUCAACUGUUGCAGUAUUUGGUUUGGGAGCUGUAGGCCUUGCUGCUGCAGAAGGCGCCAGAAUUUCUGGGGCUUCAAGAAUUAUUGGUGUUGAUCUGAAUGCUAACAGAUUUGAACUAGCAAAGAAGUUUGGCGUGACAGAGUUCAUCAAUCCAAAAGACCAUAACAAACCAGUUCAAGAGGUGCUUGCUGAGAUGACUGGUGGAGGAGUGGACAGAAGCAUUGAAUGUACUGGCUACACCGAUGCCAUGAUUUCAGCAUUCGAAUGUGUCCACAAUAAUACUGCAGGUAGGAAACCUUCAAUGAAAGCUGGAACUGUGAGCAAAUAUGUGGCUCAAAUGGCCAACAAUGCUGGGAUUUCUCUUUGGCUAAUAGGUACUUGUAAAUGUUAUUAGGAGGUAUUUUCGUUGUAGUUACGGUUCCCAAUCGGUUUUAUCCUUGUUGUGAUUGAAUGAACUAAGUUAUAAAACUUAAGAAGUGUUGGAACUAGGAACUCCAGAGGACCUUCCCCUUCUGACCGAGUUCUCUUAUAGCAUCUCUCUCUUCAUUGUACAUAAAAUUGAAGAAAGCUAGGACAUAAUUCGUUAGAUGAAAUCGGUGUUGUAUCCACCAUCCUUUUAUGCUGUAAUGAAAUGCAUGCCAUUAUAUCCCGAAAAUUCAAACCUGUCUCACGUUUCAUUAAGCAUUCCGUGGAUGAUUGGAAAACUCCAUUGACUUUCACUACCAGUUACUCAGUAGAAGGAUUUGAUGAUGAAUGUAAAUUGGGGAUUGCUUUAUUCUUAUCAUGUUCUUUUCUUUUCCUAAAUGUUUUGGUGGUGGCACACUGGUGUUUUGACUUGGAAUUUGCGUAGUUAUGAAAUUGCUAUAAGCAUGACUUUGUGUAUUGUGUCAUUGUAUUUCUUUGGCUGUAGUGGUAUUUUCCUAUGCUUAGCAUUGUCUUAUAGUUGUAGUGUUUUAUGCUGCUGCUCUCUCCAGAUCUGGUUUUUUAUAU